UGUUUCCACUAUUCAUCCUAGAUUCACUUUGUGGCACACAAUGAAUAUAAACAAACUGAUCUGUUUAUUCUAAGCUGCCUUUAGGCUUUACAUGAACAGGUACCAACACAGAAAACAGGCACCAUCACAGGAUCCCAGGACCCAGCCCAGGGCAUGUCAUGCUCUGUGAGGUGACACUCCUUGCUGUGAUGUCACAGUUGUGGCUUUCACCCCUGUGGCAGCGGUGGGAGCGGUGGCUCAGUCCGCUUGUGGGACGCGCAGGAAGUGAACCCAGAGAGAGCGUUGUGUCUGUCUGGAGGCAUCCUGCUGUGAUGGAGCGGCUGAGAGCCCUUCGAGGUCUCUUUGCCUGUGUGGGCUGCAUGCCCAGUUGUAUACGUCGCGGGGAGAGAGGCAGGGUGGAAAGCCCUGUCCCCACCUGUGCCGUGACUUUACUGCUGCAGCGCCUGCAAGACCAGGAGGGUGACCGAGAGCAGGCGUACUGCGAGCUGGAGCACGUCCUGGGGGAAGAGGACAGCCGCCCGCCGUGCGGAGUGGUGAACCGGCUGCUGGCUGAGGUGUCCCAGGACCUGACAGCAGCCCAGGGCGUGACGGACAGCGUGAGAAUGGCUGCCAGCAAUGUCCUGGUGGCUCUGGCCCGGACUCACUUCUCCUUGGUGAUGGCCGAGCUCCAGGGCCACCUGAAGGCCACACGGGAGAUGUGCAAGGAGUUUGUGCUCGUCACCCUGAGCAAACUCUUCAGCAUCUAUGCUCCACAGUGCAUCUCUUUUGUGUGGCUGACGCUGGCCGGCCUGUGCAGUGUGGUGGGCCGGGUGAGGAGCGGCCGGACCCUGCGCACUGCUUGUGCUGUUGUGAAACAAUGGAUGGAUGGCGUCAAGACUCACUUGUCCUCUGGAAAGCACAGCCCCUGGCCUGCCACAGAGAAAGAACAAAUGUAUGAGACUCUUCAUGAGCUCUUCUUCUUUGUGGUCAGCAACUGGCAGGACUGCAAGGAGGAAGAGGACAGACAGGCCGUUCUCGGGGCUGUGACUGCCAUGAUGACUGUCCUCCUGCAAGAGGAGCUGCCCCGAGAGCACGUCUGGGAGCGGCUCCUCUGGCUCGUGCACCCGUGUCAGGAGAUGCAAGACACCUGCAGGGUGGCCAAGAGCCUUCGUAUGUUCCUGGAGGCCUUACCGGGAGUUCAGUCUGUCAUCCCUAAGGACAAGUUUCUGGCCGUCACCAGUGCUGUGUUCUAUCAGCUGUCUGAUGACGCCAAGCAGCACAGCGAGGCUGACAGAGCAGAGCUGACCCACUGCAUCCUGCUCCAGGCCCAAAUCUGCCCAGAGGAAACGGUCCUGUUUCUGCAGUCGCAGCUGGGCUAUGAGUGGGAGGCUGGAUGCGUGGCAGCCCUGGGUCUGCUCGGCACUCUGGCUCGCUCUGAUGAGCCUGCGAUGACAGAGAAGCUGCCGCAGAUUACAGAGGCUGUGCAGCGUGUGUGCAAUGACCCCAGGACCAGGGUAAGGAGGGCCGUGCUGCACUUCAUUGAGGAUCUGCUCAGCGCUAACACCUGGCGCUGCUCAGCCUGGGAUGUGGUGGGGCACAUCUUCAGGGAGUUCAGCCACACCACAGGAAGAAGGGCAGCCGGAGACCUUUCCACCCAGGAAGCCCAGGAAGAAGGAGCACUCCAAGAGCUGUGUAUGGACAUCCUGGGGUCACUGGAUGUCUCUGCAAGAGGGAUCUCCAAACUCCUGUGGCCAAGGCUGCUGCUGUACGUGGUGCCAGCCCAGUACACCGGCAUGCUGAUCCCGGUCUCCCGCUGCGUCCAAGCCCUGGCCAAGAGAGGGGAGCUGACGGUGCGGGACGUGGAAGAUCUGGAUCCCCACUUCCUCAGCUCCAUGUUUCAAGGCCCACUGCUGACUGCCCAGACACUGCUGGCACGUCUGCUGGUGGUGGCAGGGAGCCCUUUUGCAGGCAGCGAGCUCCAAGCCGCUGCCUUGCUGCUCCUGCAAAACCUCCACAGCACGAUCCACAGAGCUGUGGGGGCCAAGUGGGCUGCUGAGAUCCCCCUGCUGCUGCAGCACCUUGAAGGGAAAGAUGAGAGCUUCCGCAACUCUGAAGACUGGGAGCACCAUCUGCUAAAGUUCCUGAGGGCAUCGCUGGAUGUUGUGGAGGAUGAGGCCUGGACCAAGGCCCUGAGCUGCGAGCUGAGCCGGCGGCUGAGCAGCUCUGCCAGCAGCUCUGCAGAAAAGACCUUCCUGUACAAGGCUCUGGGGACCGUUCUGGGAGCUUGUAAGGAAGUCCUCCAUGUCCAGGAGAAGCUGCUGCAGCACCUGGAGGAAUCCAAUGCAGAGGAGCCAUCUGAGGCCCAGGGAAUGAUCUCUCUUGUCAGCCAUGCUGCUGACAGCAACUUCCACACAGUCCUGGACACACUCACCAUGUUUGCGUCUAGGCUGUGCAAAGGCCGCAAUGGGAGGAUUUCCAGGCGCAAGAAGAUGGAGCUGGACAGCGCGAGAGCUCAGGCUACACGCAGCGCUCUCAUCCUCGCCCAUGGCAGUUUGGCACUGCGAGCCUCCAAGGAGCAGCUGCUUGCCCGCCUGGAAGGAGACAUUGUGGGCAACAUCCUGCUGCUGUACAGCUGCAGCUGCCAGGACUUGCAGAACAAGCUCGCGCUGGUGCAGAGCAUCACUGAUUUCAGCUCUGCUCUCCAUGCCGUGGGUGGCUCCGCCUUCUUUAACCCCUCCUUGAAGAACAAGCUGCUGGAGAUCCUGAUGGACUUGCUGAAGAAGUAUUACUUGGGCACCCCUGUCUCCCCAGUGCCCCUCAAGGUGGUUCUGGCCCUGGAGCAGUUGAGCAAGCUGAAGCCCUCUUUAGGAAGCAAGAAUGUUCGUGAAAUGUUGGCUCUGUGCUGCAAGAACAUUGUGUCACACCCUUCAGCAGAGAUGAUGCUGAAGAUCAAGAAGUCACGGCAAGCAGCACAGUACCUGCAGCUUCUGCAGACAUCGUUGAAAGCUCUGGGCCGGCUCAUGGUGGUCCUGCUUGAGACAGAGACCACCCGGGGAUUCUUCCAGAACAUAGUCCAGGCCCUGCAGAGAUCACUGACCUCAAACAACAUGUGGGAGCGUAACAGGGCCCUGCAGACCUGCUCCCAGCUGCUGGCUGCUUGUGAAGGGCUUCAGAGAGGAGAUGCCUGUGAGUCCUUUGGCUCCUUGGUGGGAUUGCUGGCUCCGCUGACAUGUGACCCCAUGCCCACAUCCCGCCAGUUGGCCGCCACCUGCCUGAGCUCCCUUCUGCAAAUCCAAGCCAAGGUGGCCAACAGAGUCAUGGAUUCAGGAGACACUGGGAGCCUGUGUGAGGGGCUGAAUGACUGCAGCACCAUCACUCAGCUCCAGACCUCAUCCAAACUGGCAAGGAUGGUGUGCAGAAACUUCCCCCUGGAACGCACCGUUGACUUCCUGAUGGCCAUCAAGGAGACCUUGCGGAAAGGCAAAGGAAUGCGCGUGCGUGCAGCUGGGAAGUGGAUGAUCACCUUUCUGCAGAUGUACGGGAAGGACAUCUGUCGGGACGUGCUACCAAUCCUCCACAUCCUGCGCAGCUGCACAUCAUCCGCGCAGCAGAGCACGUUCAUGCCCUUCCUGUGCCAGGCGGUGGUCAUCCUCACCCGCUGCCACAAAGAGGUCAUGAUUGACAACUUCUCCCGGCUGCUUGGGCCCACAGACAGUGAGAUGUGGAGGAGAAUAAGAGAGUUUUGUCUACAACGGUGGAGCCGAUAGAAGAGCGAAGCGAAAAGAGAAAAGGAAGAGAAGAGAAAGAGAAAGAGAACGAGAAAGAGAAAAAGAGAAAAGAGAAAGGGAAG